GCUCCGCCCACAGGAGCCCUUGGGCGCGCCAACUGGGGAUGCUUGCUUUGUGAGGAGAGCAGAAAAGCAGAGCAGCCGGAUGGUGCACACGCGAACCCCCAUCCUUCGGAGCUGAGAGCACGCUGCCUGCCCACCAAGUCCCGUCCUCGCCAUGGCUCCUGGAGAGAAGAUCAAAGCCAAAAUCAAGAAGAAUCUGCCCGUGAGAGGCCCUCAGGCACCCACCAUCAAAGACCUGAUGCGGUGGUACUGCCUCAACACCAACACCCACGGCUGCCGCCGCAUCGUGGUGUCGCGCGGCCGCCUCCGCCGCCUGAUCUGGAUCGGCAUCACGCUCACCGCGGUGGCGCUCAUCAUCUGGCAGUGCGCGCUCCUCGUGUGCUCCUUCUACACCGUCUCUGUCUCCAUCAAAGUCCACUUCCAGAAGCUGGAUUUCCCUGCUGUCACCAUCUGCAACAUCAACCCCUACAAGUACAGUGCUGUGCGUGACCUUCUGGCCGACUUGGAUAAGGAGACCAGAGGGGCCUUGAAGUCCCUAUUUGGCUUUUCAGAGGUGAAGUCUCGCAAACGUCGGGAGGCAGAGUCCUGGAGUUCAGCCUGGGAAGGCAUCCAGCCCAAAUUCCUCAACGUGGUUCCCCUGCUGAUCUUCAAUGAGGAGGAGAAGGGCAAGGCUAGGGACUUCUUCACUGGCCGGAAGCGCAAAGUGAGCGGGAAGAUCAUUCACAAGGCCUCCAACAUCAUGCAUGUCCAUGAGUCCAAGGAGGUGGUGGGGUUCCAGUUGUGUUCCAACGACACCUCCAACUGUGCCACCUACACCUUCAGCUCCGGGAUCAACGCCAUCCAAGAGUGGUACAAGCUGCACUACAUGAACAUCAUGGCCCAGGUGCCUCUGGAGAAGAAGAUCAACAUGAGCUACUCUGCGGAGGAGCUGCUGGUCACCUGCUUCUUUGACGGGAUGUCCUGCAGUGCCAGGAACUUCACCCUCUUCCACCAUCCGAUGUAUGGGAAUUGCUACACGUUCAACAACAGAGAUAACGAGAGCAUCCUCAGCACCUCCAUGGGGGGCAGUGAGUACGGGCUGCAAGUCAUCCUGUACAUAAACGAAGAAGAAUACAACCCCUUCCUUGUGUCCUCCACUGGGGCUAAGGUGCUGAUUCAUCACCAGGAUGAAUAUCCCUUCAUUGAAGACGUGGGGACAGAGAUUGAGACAGCGAUGUCAACCUCCAUAGGAAUGCAUCUGACCGAGUCCUUCAAGCUGAGUGAGCCGUACAGCCAGUGCACAGAGGACGGCAGCGAUGUGCCAGUCAGGAACAUCUACGACGCUGCCUACUCCCUCCAGAUCUGCCUCUACUCGUGCUUCCAGACCAAGAUGGUGGAGAAAUGUGGGUGUGCCCAGUACAGCCAGCCUCUGCCUCCGGCAGCCAGUUACUGCAACUACCAGCAGCACCCUAACUGGAUGUACUGUUACUACCAACUGUACCAGGCCUUCGUCCAGGAGGAGCUGAACUGCCAGUCAGUGUGCAGAGAAACCUGCAGCUUUAAGGAAUGGACGCUGACCACCAGCCUGGCCCAGUGGCCGUCUGAGGUUUCAGAGAAAUGGCUGCUGCCUGUCCUCAACUGGGAUCAAAGCCAACAAAUCAACAAAAAGUUCAACAAGACUGACUUGGCCAAACUCUUGAUAUUCUACAAAGACCUGAACCAGAGAUCCAUCAUGGAGAGCCCGGCCAACAGUAUCGAGAUGCUUCUGUCCAACUUCGGUGGCCAGCUGGGCCUGUGGAUGAGCUGUUCCGUCGUCUGCGUCAUCGAGAUCAUCGAGGUGUUCUUCAUUGACUCCUUCUCCAUCAUCGCCCGCCACCAGUGGCAAAAGGCUAAGGAAUGGUGGGCCCGGAAGCAGGCACCCUCCUGUCCCGAGGCGCCCCACAGGCAGCAGGGCCAGGACAACCCAGCCCUCGAUAUUGACGACGACCUGCCCACUUUCACCUCUGCAUUACGCCUGCCUCCAGCCCCAGGGGCCCAGGUGCCCGGCACGCCGCCCCCCAGAUACAAUACCCUGCGCUUGGAGCGGGCCUUCCCCAACCAGCUCGCAGACACCCAGGUGACUGAUGAGCCCUGAGGCAGGAACGGGAGGAAAGAGCUAGUCAUGGUCUGAGGACUUAGUCCCUGUCUCCCAGACACAGAGGGGACCCCCGUCCCCUCUCUGGGCUUUUGAGACACUGACUAAAAGCCUUCUGUGAACAAGAUAGGGCCUGGGCACACACGUGCAGGAGGACCUGUUGGACCCUGCCCAGCAACAUAGCCAGCCAGGCUGAGGAGAUCCUGUGGCCCCAACUCUUAGCACAUGGCGCCCAAGAGACAGAGGGCCAAGGAAACCGUGCUGGUCUGGGUAAAGGCCAGAAGUUUGAGCUCUGCACUGGAUCUUGAGAGAGAAGGUGCCUCCAAAGCCCGAAGCCCAGGGCUUCAUCUGCUCCCCCCGCCUGGGCUGGGGCCUGAGGAGGUAGCCAGACUGGACAGCUACCGCCUGAUAACCAAAGACAGGAGGAAGCGCCAGUCCUGGACUUGGGCUGCUGGCGAACAAAUUGUCCUCAGUCACUGACACUGGGGCAAGGUGUCCUCUGUGCCCCAGAGCAGAGAGCUGGCCCCAGCCCUGGUAGUGUGUUUAGGAAGCGGUGCAGUGGAGGAAGGUGGAGGGAGUAGGAUGGUCUACUCUGGGGUUGGGGUGGGGCCCUGCUCUGGGCAAGUAAGGAGGUUCCUGGGGCCCUUCCCAAGCAGAGAAGGGCCAGCUAAAGGGCAUAGCUGGUGUCCUAACCCUUCUUCAGCUGCCCUUGCUUUUGACUGGCUCAGUACCACCCAGGGCCAGAACUCCCACUGCCCCUCCAGUGUCUUGCCAACCACAUGACAGCCUAUAUUCACACCUUCCAGCUUCAGUGUCAACAGAACAGGAUGCUGGGCCCUGUCCUAAGCACUUACACAAAUUAGCCAAGGGGACAGCCAACGACACCCCGCAGGCCAAACCCUGGUUUUGCUCAUGAACUAAGAAUGCAUUGCUGCUGUUUUUACUUUUUAAAUAGCUGAUAAAGAAAUAUCAAAAGAAGAAUAUUUGGUUUCUCGUGAUGGUGAUAUAAGAUUCAAAUUUCAGUGUCCACCAAUAAAGUUUUAUUGGCACACUGCCA